GUAAUCAACAACACGUUCACAAUUUAUUUAAACUUAGUUCGGACUCUCGGAUCGGUGUUCACAAAGCGCAAGCGCACUCGUGUACUCGUCGUCAUUCAGUCGCGCGCGCCCGCGAGUCUUGCACGCACGCGUAGAUAUUUUAUCAAUCGUGAUAAGAAUAUCGUUUUUACGAUCGUUACAUUUAUUAUAUCGUAUUAGUUUGUGAAAAUGGCACCCUCUUCGAAUGCUGUUGUGGGAAUUGACGACGAUCAGCGCUUCGCGUUGAUGAAGUUCCGAAGGAGUGUGAAAGAUGUUUUAAAACCAGAACACAAUGAUCAUUUUCUGCUGCGAUGGCUCAGAGCUAGACAAUGGGACCCGGAGGCAGCCGAAAAAAUGCUAAGAGACUCUCUGAAAUGGCGAGAGAAAUGGGGUAUCGACACCACUCUUCAAACUUGGGAGGCACCAGAGGUGUUAACCAAGCAUUUCCCCAGCGGGUCCACCGGCUUCGACAAAGAAGGAUCUCCGGUAAUCAUCGUCCCGUUCGUGGGGCUAGACGUAUGGGGACUCCUACACUCUGUGACCAAGACUGAUGUGAUUCGCAUGGUCCUCAGACACCUAGAGAACUACCUCGCCAGCGCUAGGAAACAGGCUGCAGAGCAUGGUCCAGCCGCGUUAAAGGUGACAGUCAUAUUCGACUUGGAAGGUUUCAAUAUCAAACAGUACGCGUGGAAACCAGCCGCCGAGAUGGUGUUCUCCUUGUUGCAGCUUUACGAAGCCAACUACCCUGAGAUACUGAAGAUCUGCUAUAUUAUUAACGCUCCCAAAGUAUUCUCCCUAGCGUUCGCAGUCAUCAAGAAGUUUAUGCACGAGUACACAAUCUCUAAGAUAAAGAUCUAUGGGUCUGACGCUAAGAAGUGGCAGGCACAGGUUCUCACCACGGUAGACAAGGAGCAGCUUCCUGUGCACUACGGAGGUACCAUGGUAGACGACAAUGGAGAUCCUAGAUGUUCACUUAUUGUGAAGCCAGGUGGUAAAGUUCCUAAAAGCUACUACUCCAGCAACCAGACGUUCGAUUCGGACAAGGAGUUCAAGCGAGUCACCAUUAAGACUGGAGAGAAACAUGUCAUCGACCUACUCUGCUCAGAUAAUGAUAGUGUUUUGAAAUGGGAGUUCGGAGUGGACCAGCAUGACAUAAAAUUCGUAAUAAAACGACGAGAUGAAGAAGGCAACGAGACUGUCGUGCAUGGGCCCCGGAAGGUGACUGAAGGACCCGCCGACGUCGGUGUCAUGGCCGUUAACGGACCAGCCACAUAUUCAGUGAUUUUCGACAACAAGAGUGCUUUCCUUCGCAGCAAAAAGGUUUAUUAUGACGUCCUGAUUUCUGUACCAACGCGGGACUUGAAUAUCAGUGACGAUCUCACGGACGAAAUUCAGACUGCCGCAGCAUGCAGCACAGCUUUAUAAAAAAAAAAUGACUGGGCCCAUAGACUAAAUAGAUUUAUAAUUUGCUCCCAAAAAUUCAGCAAUUAAAAUAUCACGGCAAUUUUAUUAACUGAAUGUUGAUAACGAAUUUGUUGAUUAUUGACAUGUAAUUAGACUAAAUAAUCAUAAAUUAUUAUACCACGACUAUCUACGAUUCACUUCUUGUGAUUGGUUGAACGAGCUACUUUGUUAACCUAUAUAAGAAGCCGAUUAAAAUAACUUCUAUUUAUUUCAUGAUCAUGAUGCAGCUGCCUUUAACCUUGCAAGUAUUUUUUAUAAAUGAAGUUUUAAUUAAAUGACUCAGUACCUAUCCACCCUACCUUCGGAUUUUCUCCUGUGUCGUAGGUGCGUUUACAAACAUACAAUUUUACAUAAACAUGACACCCAGACCCGGAACAACAAUUUAUGGAUCACACAUAGAGUUGAACUGUGCGGGAUUCGAAACCUCUACACGUUGCGCGGUAGCCGGUUGCUUACAUUACUACUUAUAAUUUUAUUAUUUCCUUCUUAUUAAUAUGUAAUUUAAAGAACGACUUUUGAACUUUAUCCUGUCUAGUGUCUUACGUCCAAAUAAUCAAACGCCGCUCUAUUUUAAAUUGCGCUUAGGAAUAGUUCUGUCACUAUUAAUUCAUUAUAAAAUGGUAGAGGUAGACUAACGCAGUCUUGUGUCGUGUAGCAAAUAGCACAAUAAUAACAAGGUCUACUAAAGUAAAAUUGUAUUCAGUAAACGGAUGAUUUUGGGUUAAAUUGUUUGUAAUAGGAAUAGGUUUGUGUAUUAGUUACUUACAUAAAUGUUUAUAAAACUUUUUUACAAAUACAAUUAAUUAUGUUUCACUAAAUAGUUUAAAAAUAUAGGUAAAAUGUACUUAGUAGGUCCCUAAUUAGCUUUUUAGGAAUAUUUUUAAGACAAAAUGUUUUUUACUUAUUGAUAGUGAUAGUGGGAACUGAUGGUUUACAGGUAGUACCUAAAAUAAGAACAAAUGCUAUGCAUUUAACGAAGUUAUCUACAUUCUUUGAAACGGAAGCAUUUCUGUGAUAGUUUUCAACAAAUGUUUAAUGUUUAUAAUAUAUAUAAUAAAAUUUUGU